ACUCUCGAAAUGCGAUCCAACGCCAUGAAACUGUUUGCUGUGAUGCUCUUUCUUUAUAAAGUUGCAUCAUCAGAAGGAGCACUUGGACCAACGCAGGUAGCAGACUUGACCGAAUUUCCGUACAUCGUGGAGCUAGCCUUCAGACCAGAACAAUGGUAUCAAACUGCAUUAGCGGUUAUAAGCAACAAAUACGCCUUUGGAGGAAUGAAAAUCAUUUACCCUUCGGAUACGCCGGGAAAGUUCUAUAUCUACAGUAGAGACAGUCAAGGAGCACGGAUUAGACAUCGAGUUGGAGAAUUGCAUUACCUAGGCGAUACUUUUCUCGUGGUGAAAACGUGCAAGCCUUUCACGGAUCUUCAAAAAAUGAACCUUUCUGAAGCAAGUUUCCAAACUUUUGAUUCCACUCAACAGGCUAAAUUGCUUUUCUUCGAAAAUACUGUUUUGAAAUAUAAAACAACUGACGUCCUUUCGUAUAGCGACUGCUCGGCUAAAACCUUUGCAAGUGGCUUGCCAUCGUUUGACAGCGAUAAACAUAUUUGUUCUCCUGAGGACCUCACAGCUGGUGCUCUGAACUUUACUUCUGAUCCUCAAGAAAAAUACCUCAACGAUUUUUUAAUCGCAGUUGGCACGCAAGUGGAGGGAGUCCCCUUAAAAAACGUUUCUCAUCGUGCAUCGGAUAACGCGUUAGAUUUCCCGAUAAUGUACGCUAGCGUCCUGAAGGGUAUCGACAACAUUACUAGUGUUGUAACUGACCUGAUUUAAAAAGUUUGAAUUUUAAGGAGAAAUAAAUAUCCUUAUUCUUGGUUUUCAAAUCAUA